UUAAAACCAGAUGCUCCAAAUUAGUUGACCUACUUUGGAAACUAUCGGUUGUUUAAAUAAUAUCAGUCUGGUUUUGAGUAAAAGUGGGCUGAGGAGGAAAUAUGAUGUAUGUAAAGAGUAAUCAGGGUGGGAAAACAGGCUAAGCCUUUUUUUUUUUCUACUCAAGUCCAGGAAGUUCAAAACCGCUACGUUUGCAAAAACGUUGAGGAAUAGUGGAUGGAUAGAGAAAAAAAGAAAGAAAUCCACCCGGUUAAUCUUUGAACCGUCUUCCUUUGUCCUCAGGAGAAGUCACAAGACGAACUCUCGUAUAAUUUGACGGAUGACAGUCCUGACGAGACUCCACGUUCAGGACGAAGAGAGAAAGGAGACACCAUGUCCUCUGUCUACUUCAGCCCAGGCUCAGAUUCAGGUGUAAACGGAAAUAUUACAAAGAUGGAGGAUGCUAAAGUGGAGAUUGAUGAUGGAAAGGAUGAUUGUGUGCUACCAGACACAAUGUACUACAGUGUUCGGAAAAAGAUUACCCCGUUUGUCAUGUCCUUUGGAUUUCGUUUAUUUGGAGUCAUACUGAUCAUAGUGGACUUUGUGCUGGUGAUUGUGGACUUCGCACUGCCAGAAAAGAGCAGAGAGGCUGGAAAUGCAUUAGAGGCUGUGUCCCUCACCAUCUCCUUCUUUUUCCUCGCUGAUGUGCUCCUGCGCGUCUAUGUGGAGGGCUUCAGAGUGUACUUCAGCUCCAAGUUGAACAUCGUAGAUGCCUGUGUUGUGGUAGUCACGCUGGUGGUCACCAUGGUCUACACCUUCUCUGACCUGUCAGGUCUCAGCCUCAUCCCCAGGGUUGUGACAUUUUUACGCUUCUUGAGAAUAUUGAUCCUUGUGAGGGUUUUCAGACUGGCUGCUCAGAAGAAAGAGCUGGAGAAGGUCACCAGGAGGAUGGUUUCUGAAAACAAGCGGCGUUAUCAGAAGGAUGGAUUUGACCUCGAUCUUACCUAUGUCACAGACCGUGUCAUUGCUAUGUCUUUCCCCUCCACUGGGAAGCAGGCCUUCUAUAGGAAUCCAAUCAGGGAAGUGGCGAGGUUUCUAGACACCAAACACGAAGGCCACUAUAAAGUUUACAACCUGUGCAGUGAGAAAGGCUAUGACCCCCAGUUCUUCCACUAUAGGGUUGAACGGGUAUUUAUUGAUGACCACAAUGUCCCCUCCUUGGAGGACAUGCUGAAAUACACAGCAAGCGUGAGAGAGUGGAUGUCGGCUGAUCCCCAAAAUGUCAUUGCUAUCCACUGUAAAGGAGGGAAAGGACGCACUGGUACUAUGGUUUGCACCUGGCUUAUUGACAGUGACCAGUUUGAGAGUGCACAGGACAGUCUGGAGUAUUUUGGUGAGCGGAGGACUGACAAAAGUCAGAGCUCCAAGUUUCAGGGUGUGGAGACUCCCUCUCAGAGCCGAUACGUGGGAUACUACGAGAUCAUGAAGAAUAAGUUCAACAGACAGCUGCCUCCACCUAAAAGCCUCAGGAUCAAGAGCAUCCGCAUCCACUCUAUAGCAGGUGUUGGUAAAGGUGAUGGCAGCGAUAUCAAGGUGAAGAUAAUUGUGAAAAAAGAUCUGGUAUUUCAGUGUGUGUGUGCCAAGCAGGAGAACUGCAAAGUGUUUCCCGAUGUGGGCAAUAAUGCAGCAGUCAUCAGCCUGCAGAAUGGGCCUGUGGUUGAAGGAGAUGUGAAGGUCAUGUUUGAAUCGAGUGCUGGUCUUCCAAAAGGAUAUGAAGAUGUUCCAUUCUACUUCUGGUUCAAUACGUCCUUCAUAGAGGAUAACAGGCUGUUUUUACCCAGGGAAGAGCUGGACAACCCACACAAACCAAAGACCUGGGACCUGUACAAGGAAGACUUUGCUGUCUCUAUGUACUUCUCAGAAUCAGAAUAAAUGAAAGAUGGAAAAAUAUUCUAGCUUUAAUGCUGUGUGAUGAGCAGAAAUGAUUAAUUGAACACUAACUCAAGAAUGAACGAGAACUGUGUUAAAAUUGCCGAGGAAUAGCGUACGGUUACCAAUAAUGACCUCAUUAAAUCACGUAACAUCAACAUUUACCAUAGCUGGUCUUAUCACACUUCAGUGCUUUAUUUGUGAAGUAUUCCCCAGUGCUGUUAUUCAUUCAUGUCCUCUUAUGGAUUUAGUCAAAUGUAAAGUAGCCCAUUUGUUUUGAAUCACUGUACCAAGUAACUGAUUUGCGAAGGGAAUAAAACAAAAGGGUUGUCUUCUGUGAUGGAAAUGUGGGACACAGGAUAAAGCCAAGAUGAUGCUAAUGAGAGCUCAGAAAAGAUGUUAGUCUCACACUGAUCUGAAGUUUGAGCUUUCGAAGCAGCAGCGAUCGCAGAAAUCACUGACUUGUAUCACGGGCCACUUCAAUGUGAAUAUUGACACUAAAGGGAAUAUUGUGAUAAAUGCAAAUUUUUGCAUUAAAUUUCUGUAGAAAGCAAGGCUGUAAUAAACUGU